AUGCUUCGCGCAGUGCCGCGCCGUUUUGCGGUGCGAGGCGCGCCUCUAGCGAGCCUGAGAGCGCCCGCUCCAGUGACCGCCUGCGCCAGCGCCGCCGCCAGCCUCAGCAGACCGCUGUCCACGAGCGCGGCGACCAGUCGAGCAGCACCCGUUUCUCGACCCAACGCUCCCUCGGCAUCCGACUCGUUCAUGCACACCAACAAUGCCUACUACGUGGAGGAGAUGAGGAGGUUGUGGGAAGAGGAUCCCAAAUCCGUUCAUUCUUCUUGGGACGUCUACUUUAGAGGAAUCGAAAUGGGUAUCAAGAGCGAGGGCGCUUUCAGACCUCCCCCUACGCUCAUGCCUUUGCCUGUAGAUGCACCUCCCAUCGACACCUCCUCCCUCAGCCAAGGCGGCGAAAGCCACGUCGACGAUCAUCUCAAGGUGUGUUCACAUGGCGGCCCAGUCCAAUCGUUCUCGCGCACCGCGAUCUCUGACGCUCUGCUCGUACCGCGCCACAGCUGCAACUCCUUGUCCGCGCCUACCAAGUGCGAGGUCAUCGCAUCGCAGUAUUGGAUCCUUUGGGGAUCUUGCAUCCUGACUUGAGCGAUGCCGUGCCCAAGGAAUUGACCAUUGAGCACUAUGGCUGGUCUGACAAGGACUUGGAUCGUGAGAUGCGAUUGGGACCCGGUCUAUUGCCCAACUUCAUCAAGCACGGCAAGGAUCGCAUGACCAUUCGCGAAGUCAUCGAUGCCGUCAAGCGUAUCUAUUGUGAGUUCCGCGAGUGAAGAUGAUUGCGUGGGCAGCCGUGCUGAUGCGCCGGUGACCACCACGCAGGCGGAUCCAUCGGAGUUCAGUACGUUCACAUUCCCGAUCGCGAAAAGUGUGACUGGCUGCGGGAGCGCAUCGAGCUGCCAGAGCCGUUCAAGUACAGCACGGAAGAGAAGCGCACCAUUCUCGAUAGGCUGAUCUGGUCAGACUCCUUUGAGCGCUUCAUUUCGUCCAAAUAUCCCAACGAGAAGCGUUUCGGCUUGGAAGGUGGCGAGUCGCUGGUACCGGGUGUCAAGUCGCUCAUCGACCGCACCGUCGAGCACGGCGUCAACUCCAUCACCAUCGGUAUGCCUCACCGUGGUCGUCUCAAUGUCCUGGCCAAUGUUAUUCGCAGGCCAGUGGAGGCCAUCUUGCACCAGUUUGCCGGCAAGAGCGACGACGGAGAGGGAGGCGGUGAUGUCAAGUACCACCUAGGUGCCAAUUAUGUGCGUCCAACACCUUCCGGUAAAAAGGUGGCGCUGUCUCUUGUCGCAAAUCCCUCUCACCUGGAAGCAGAAGACCCGCUCGUGAUUGGCAAGACUCGCGCGCUGCAGGACUUUGCGGGUGACACUGCUCGCGAGACCAGCAUGGCUUUGUUGAUGCAUGGAGAUGCCGCUUUUGCUGGACAAGGUGUCGUGUACGAGACGAUGGGCAUGUACAAUCUGCCCAGCUACGCCGUUGGGGGUACGAUCCACAUUGUCGUCAACAACCAAAUUGGCUUCACCACGGAUCCUCGUUUUGCCCGAUCUACGCCCUACCCCAGCGACAUUGCAAAAGCCAUCGACGCACCCAUCUUCCACGUCAACGGCGACGACGUCGAAGCCGUAACGUUUGUCAGCCAGCUGGCCGCCGAUUGGCGCGCGAAGUUCAAAAAGGACGUCGUCAUCGACUUGGUGUGCUACAGAAGACACGGCCACAACGAGACGGAUCAGCCCAGCUUUACGCAACCUAGAAUGUACGAGGCGAUCGCCAAGCAGCAGCCUACACUGACUCAGUACGCUAAGCAGCUGGUCAAGGAGGGAAGCUUUACGGAGCAGGACAUUGAGGAGCACAAAAAGUGGGUUUGGGGUCUGCUCGAGGAAGCUGCGGAGAAAUCGAAGGACUACACGCCGGGAGAGCGCGAAUGGCUGUCCGAGGCGUGGGAUGGUUUCCCUUCGCCCAAGGAGCUCAACGAGCUGAUUCUCGAUCAUAAGGACACUGGUGUAUCCAAGGAGCGCCUGACCGAGAUUGGACAUGCGGUGGCUUCCUACCCCGAAGGUUUCACUGUGCACCGCAACCUUGCCCGUAUUCUCAAGGCGCGCGGCAAGACGGUCGACGAUGGAGAGGGCAUCGACAUGUCCACUGGUGAAGCGCUCGCUUUUGGCUCCCUCGCCCUCGAGGGCAACCACGUGCGCGUGUCUGGUCAAGACGUUGAGCGAGGCACCUUUUCUCAGCGUCAUGCCGUGCUGCACGACCAAAAGACGGAAGAGACUUGGACGCCGCUCAACAAUCUUUCCAAAGAGCAGGCGCCGUUCGUGAUUUGCAACUCUUCCCUCUCCGAAUUUGGCUGCCUCGGAUUCGAGCUGGGCUUUAGUCUUGUGGACCCCAAAAAUUUGACGGUGUGGGAAGCUCAAUUUGGCGACUUUGCCAACAAUGCGCAGUGCAUCAUUGACCAAUUUAUCGCUUCUGGAGAGAGGAAAUGGUUGCAGCGCACGGGUCUUGUGAUGAAUCUGCCUCACGGCUACGACGGACAAGGACCUGAGCACUCUUCCGCCCGUCCAGAGAGGUUCCUGCAGCUGUGCGACGAUCACCCGUUCCACUUUCCUUCGCCGGAAAAGAUGAACCGUCAGCAUCAGGAUAGCAACAUGGCCGUCGUGUACUGCACCACCCCCGCCAACGUCUUUCACGUGCUGCGCAGGCAGGUCCACCGCGAUUUCCGCAAACCCCUCAUCUCCUUUUUCUCCAAAUCGCUCUUGCGCCAUCCUGAAGCUAGAAGCAAGCUGGACGACUUUUUGCCAGGCACUGGAUUCCAACGCUACAUCGCCGAGCCGCACGCUAGCGAGGGCAAGGAUGAAUUGGCACCGCCCGAAGAAAUCAAGAGGCACAUUAUCACCUGCGGACAGACCUACUUUGCCCUGUUGAAUUGGAGGAGGGAAAAGGGAAUCAAGGAUGUGGCAAUCAGUCGCAUCGAGCAAAUCUCUCCCUUUCCCUACGACAUGAUUACGCCUCAUUUGGACAAGUACCCCAAUGCGGAUUUGGCUUACGUGCAGGAAGAACCACUCAAUAACGGUGCUUGGUCUUAUGUCCAACCUAGAUUGAGAACGGCUUGCAGACACACCGAACAUCACAAGGACACCCUCGCCGUUCUGGCUUCCAGACCUCCCUACGCUUCCGUCGCCACCGGCUCCAAGCGCGCCCACCAGGCAGAGGUGGAGCAGUACCUCACCGACGCGUUCAACCUCGAGCGCGUCGCCAGCGACGGUCACUAG